AUGAGCCGACAAUAUCGAAAUCGUAAAGGACAUGAUCUGGAAAAAGUGGUUCAUCGUUUCACUGAUGAUGAUUUAUCUGAAUUAAAACCAAAAAAAGUUUUCGCCAAAAAAUGGAUCAUUAUCAAGAAGUUGGACAAGCGAGGAGCGGCGCAUUGUUAUCAAGUCUGCGAUACAAGUUUCAAGAUAUUCGGUGUUCUGUAUCUGGAAACGGGAAAUGACAAUGUGACAUCGAUUGCGAGCCAAGUCGAAUUCUCACUUCAGCAGUUCUCGCUUGGAUAUUCUCAUCGUUUUACAAAUGUCAUUGACUCGAAUAUUAUUAAUAAUCAUUUAUUCUACAUGGUUCAACGUACUCGCCCAGGUCCAACUCUUGAAACAUUAUUGAAAUGUAUUCGAUCAGAUGAUGAUCGUCUGAAAGUAUCAUCAAUUACUGCAUCAUUCAUUGCGAUUGAUAUCAUUUCAAUUCUCGAAUUGCUCAAUUCAUCUGGUCAUGUUUUGAGAAAUUUCGAUACGAAACAAUGGAAAUUGGAUGUGAAAACGAGAAUGUUUUACUUGGAUGAUAUAACUGAUGUCCAAGUGUCAUCAGACAAACGUCAUCGUUCAAUCGACGAAAUUCAUAUAAUCAAUGCGGAGACAUUGGAUUUGGCAUGGACUUCAAAUGAUAUUUUAUAUGCACCAAUUGAAUUUAUAGUGAACGGAGAAAUGCAUCGCAUGUCCGAAUUAGAUCAACUAGAAAUGCUGAUUUAUAUUCUUUUUGAUUGGACACGUGGCAAGUUACCAUGGAAAAAUUCGAAAUGUCAACAGAGAACACUCGAAAUGAAAAGAGAUUUCUUGGAGAAUUUUCCAGAUCCGCUCGAAAAGUUCGAGGAACCUGUUGACCAUUGGUUCAGUACUGCGCUCCAUAAUCUCGCCGAUCAUCUGAAAGUAGCUAAAAUAGCUCAAGCGAAAUUGGAGAAACAAGCGGUUCGAGGAGGAGCAUGGUGUCCGAAAGGACCACGUGCUGGUGCGCUUUUGUCAAUUAUAAACUAUCGUCGAAUCGUUGAAGAUUUUCAAAAGAUAGUGUGCAGUGGCCGUCCCGAAUGGAGCGUUUAUUGGAGAGAUAUCAAGUUGGAUUGGGAUAAAGAAGUUGAAUUGACUCCAGAGCAGUCAUCCUUCUUGCAAAAAUACGAGAAACGCCAAAAGUGCCUUGAAGUUGUCGAUGAGAGAGCACGUUUGGAUGCGAUACGCGUUCAUUAUAGUGUUAUGGAGGAACAUGGAAAAUUCGAACGAGAAAAGAAUCAAAUUUCUAUAGAACAAUAUUUGAGAGGAGGAGAUCCGAAUGAUCCUGAUGAGAAAGAAGAAAUCGAACGACAAAUUGCUGAGUUAAGGCAGAAGAGAAUGCAGAAAAUUCAAGAUGAAAUUAUAGAAGAAGAUGAAGAAAUGGAUAUGAAGAUUGAUAUUAAAGAUGAAAUCGAUGAUUAUGAUGACUAUUAUCAAGGUACGUGA